CCAUACAGAGUAAAAUUAUUGUGUGAUAUAAUUUUACAUGUCAGACUAACACGUCAUUAGGAAAUGGUGUUUGAAUGAAUAAUAACUUAGGUAAGAAUUCUGUAAUCAGAGAAUUUAUAAAUAUGGGAAUAACGCAGAAUUAUCGGAGUUUUAAAAUGGAUAUUACAUCCAUCAGCCAUCGAGUCGUUGACACCUGGAACUCGUUACCAAACAGCGUCAUUUCAGCUAGAUCAAUAAAGUCAUUUGAUGCAAGAUUUGAUAAAUACUGGAAAAACCAAGAAUUGUUUGCAACGUUUCUGUAACGUUGCACGCGAAACCUCGGUCGAACGUUUGAGAAGGAUGUUGCAACAACGUUGCUUCUAGAUAUUCUGCCACUAGACAUUGCCUUCCUGAUAGUAUAUGUGGUGCUGUGUGUUCUGACAGUAAUCUGUGCAGUCAAACCGCCGUGAAUUUUUCCAAUUCAAAGGGACUCGGGCCCCAUUCCCAAAAUGGAGAACAAUGCCAAUGCCCCACUGGUGAAUAGAGAUGACCACUCAGUGGACACCUAUCCUACGCUUGAUAUGCCAGCAUUGUUUGAUAGCAAUGCCAGUCUCGCUGAUCACCAGAUUGCCAACCUCUCCUUAGAAGAUCAACAGCUUCAUAUACACUUAGAUGCCAAUUUGGACACAGCCCAACAGCCUCCAACAGUUACUGCUAUUCAGUCUGGAUUCAUGGCCUCUCCAGAACCUGACCACACACAUGAUGAUACUGUUCCAAGAAGAUUCGGUGUUGCAUUAGAUAAUACGCCUGUUCCAGCAACGAGAAAUACAAGGCCAGGAGAAUGGUCUAAUUUGGAUGAAUCUUCUUUGAAGGCGAGGCAUAAUUCUUACCAAAUUCAACGGAACACUACAGAGGACAGGCCUAAUGGACACCCUGAAAAUCUAGGACAGCCAGCCCACAUGCCUAAUGGACAGCCUGGAAAUCUAGGACAGCCAGUCUGCAGACCUUAUAGACAGCCUGGAAAUCUAGGACAGCCAGCCUUCAGGCCUAAUGGACAGCCUGGAAAUCUAGGACAGCCAGCCUGCAUGCCUAAUGGACAGCCUGGAAAUCUAGGACAGCCAGCCUACAGGCCUAUGGGACAGCCUGGAAAUCUAGGACAGCCAGUCUGCAUGCCUAAUGGACAACCUGGAAAUCUAGGACAGCCAGUCUGGAGGCCUAAUGGACAGCCUGGAAAUCUAGGACAGCCAGUCUUCAGGCCUAAUGGACAGCCUGGAAAUCUAGGACAGCCAGACUACAGGCCUAUGGGACAGCCUGAAAUUCUAGGACAGUCUUCUGUCCUGCAUCGUCUUGAGAGCACUGUUUCUGUGAAUCAAAACCCAACAGGCAGAUCAAACUCUCAACCACAUGGGACAUCAGAAACUCAAAGGGACCAUUCUGGGGCUGCUGUUGCUGGAGCAGCAACACCAUUGGUGUUCAGUCACCAACAUGCUGACGGUAGCUUGACACCGCUUGAGUAUAGUCCAAGCUCCAACUUAAGCAUUCAGAUUGGCAACCAUAACCAUACAGUUAUCAACGAAAAUGGCCUUCGACCCAGCAGCUAGAAGAUGACUACCAUCAGGCAGGCUUCAACAAGAUAACCUAUGAAGCCAUUCGCUGCUGGCAACAGAAGCAGGGAAGUGCUGCAAUGUAGAGGAAGAUGGAUCUGUAUUUACUCAACAACUUAAGUGACAAUUAAGAAUUGGACAACGUUGUUACUAGUACUUGGCUAGAAGUGCUUUCUGUGUUAAUCAUUCAAUGUUAUUUAAAGGAUAUUCAUUCAAAUAUAAAGAUAAGCGCAUAUAGAAGAGGGAAAUUUAAAACUUGACAAUGUCAAAGGUAAAUAAUUAAUGUACUGACAAUGUUUUAUUAGCUCACCUGGGAACAAUGUGCUCAUGGUAAGCUUUUGUGACUGCCUUUUGUCCGGCACCAAUAUUUGACUUAACACUCUAGAGACCACAUUUAUUGUCCAAUCUUCAUGAAAUUUGGUAAGAAGGUUUGUGCCAAUGAUAUCGUGGACGAGUUCGAAAAUGGUUCCGGUUGGUUAAAAAACAUGGCCGCCAGGGGGCAAGGCAUUGUUCCUUAUAUGGUUAUAGUAAAACCUUAUUAACACUCUAGGGACAAUAUUUAUUGUCUGAUCAUCAUGAAAUUUGGUCAGAAGAUUUGUCCCAGUGAUAUCUUGGAGGAGUUUGAAAAUUGUUCUGGUUGCUUAAAAAACAUAGCUGCCAGGGGGCUGGGCAUUUUUCCUGAUAUGGCUAUGUUUGGCUAUAGUCAAACUUUGUUAACACUCUAGAUUCCACAUUUAUUGUCCAAUAUUCAUGAAACUUGGUCAGAAGAUUUGUCCCAUAAAAAGGUUUUACUGUAGCCAUAUAAGGAAAAAUGCCCUGCCCUCUGCAUAGCAGCCAUGUUUUUCAACAGACCCGAACCAUUUUCAAACUAAUUCAAGAUAUCAAUAGAACAAAUGUUCUGACCAAGUUUCAUGAAGAUCAGAUUAUAAAUGUGACUUUUAGAGUGUAAACAUUAUUACAUUGUUCUUGUUUCUCAUGUUCCAAUAAGUACAAAGAACAUGUCAGUCAUUUCUGCUGCUCUAAACUUGUGUUCAUAAGUAUACCUAGCUGAAAAUAACAUCCAUUUGGUUCAAUUAUAAAACAUUUAUUUGCUUAUAUACUUUUUUCCCCUUUUUUGUAAACCAUUUUGAAAAGUCUGUUGUUAAAUAUAUAAUUAAAACAUUAACAUUAAACUUAACACUCUAUUAGCAUUCAUUGAUACUUGUGCUGUGAUAAUUUGUCUAAUGAAAGUAAGUUAACUGUGCGAGGUUUAUUUCUACAUGUUUCAUCAGAAUUAAAUAUAUGUCAACGGUGAAAUUAUUUGAACAACCAUUAUAGAUUUGUAGAUUGAAAUUGAAGCAGGUAUGUUUUUACCUUGGAAGUCUUACAGACAAAUAACCAAUAGACAAAAGCUGAAAUUUUAGGGUACAUAUAGCAAAUAGAAAAUUAAGGGUUAGGUUUUUUUUAAACAUUUUAACAUUAAGGGGCCAUUUCAAAUAGAAAUUAAACUAAAACAGUCAUUGAAGAUGACAAACAACCCUGCAAUUCCUACAUUCAACCAGAAGUAAAAUUUUAAAGAUGUAACAUUAACCCUUCCUGUGCUGCAUUGUUUGAUGAGGUUAUAUAUCCAAUUGCUGACUUGUUUAGGCCUGAUUAUGCUAAAUGUACCUACUUCACUUGCAUUACAUGUUACACUAGUUUUAACUGUCCAAUAAAUACACAAUUUGCCUUGUGAACUGGUCACACACUUUUUUUACCAUAAUCUAGGAGUCACAUUUAUUGUUCAAUCUUCAUGAAACUUGGUCUGAACAUUUGUUUUUAUGAUAUCUAGGCUGAGUUUGAAAAUAGUUUUGGUCUGUUGAAAAAUAUGGCCGCCAGAGGGCGGGGCAGCUUUGCUUAUAUGGCUUUAGUGAAACCUUGUUAACACUCUAUAAAUAACAUUUACGGUAUAGCCCAAUCUUCAUGGAACUUGGUCCAAAGAUUUGUUGUAUUGAUAGCUUAAUGUGGCUGUGUUCGAAAAUGGUUAUGGUUUGUUGAAAAACAUGGCCGCCAGGGUAGCGGCAGUUUUCAUAAUAUGACUAUAUUAAAACCAUGUUAACACUCUUCUAGUUGUAAUGUGGAUGUUGGUGCACAAUGAUGAUGAUGAUGAUGAAGAAGAUGAUGAUGAUGAUAAUGAUGAUGAUGGUUAUGAUGAUACUGGUAAUGGAUUCAGAAACAUUAACCACAACCCAAAUAUCUAAUUAUAAUUAUUGCAUUACUCAAAUUAAUUAUUGCCAUUACUUAUGAUUGUUAUCUAUAUCUUUGCAGAAAUUUAACAUAGUGGUAAAACCAAUAAAACAACAAGAAGUGUUACAUAUGAAUCUUCUUUGACUUUUCAUCCACUUAUCCUAGGCUACUCUUUUUGUUGAUGUCAGAUGGAAACCAUUCAUUAGAUAGAUAAGACAUAACAACUUGAAAUGUUUUACCCCUACAAUUUUCAGUUAGUCAGUAGUUUGUGUGUGAUUAUGAAAGAUUUGUGAUUUUAGCAGGUUUUAUUGUUGUUUCAAUUGGAAAUAUCAAUGCAAGGUGAAUCCUAAAAUUGUUCCAGUUGUUUAAAAACACUUUGUCAAAAAUGUGAACAAUUUGGUAGUAAAAAUACAACAACUUAUCACAUCUUUUAAGAAGCACAAACAGCUGUUUGAAGAAAGGUUGAUUUGCAUUUGUUUUUGCAAAAAUAAUGUAUUUAUGCUACAGUUUUUUUUGUGUAUUUAAAUUACAAAUAGUUUGAUAGUUAAUUUGAUAUGAUACAUUUUCAAAUGUCUGGUGUGUUUACUUUUAUAUUUGCACACAUUUAUAAUUAUAAGCAAGAUCAAGUGAUGUUUUGUUCUAUAAAAGAAGAUCAAUAUUGAAUUUCUAGUAGCUGUACAUAUUCUCAUACUCAUUUACUUUUUUAUAACUGACUUUGAUAUAUGAUAACAAUUCAACAUAUUCUAUUUAAUUAUGCAAAAACUAUUUUACAAAAACACAAUCUCUUUAACAAAUACGGUUGUUUUCAGUAUCUAAAAGUGUUCCUAUAAGAUGCCAAGAUGAUUAUCUCAUGAUCUCAAAUUUGGACAACAAUUUGUUGAAAAAUGUACUUCCAUUUUCUUUUUCUGAUGCUCAUUAUUAAAUAAGUGUCCUCAUAUUACUUUUAUCCAAAAUAAUAGCUUUGUAGCAACGGGUAACAAAUGUCUAUUAAAAAAAAAUUAAACACACACACACAAAACUACUGAAAGUGCAUAUAUGUAUAUAUCUGCCGAAACAGCAAACCUUUUCUUUUCACCAAACAACGUUAACAACCCUUGUUUCCUGGAUACGACGGUUGAGUUCAAAAAUGGUUUUGAUCCAUCUAGUAACAUGACCGCCAGGGGGGGGGGGGGGCAUUUUCCUUAUAUUUUUAUACAGAAAAAAACCUGUAAACACUCUAAGUCACAUUUUUUGGACAAUCAUCAUAAAACUUGGUCAAAACAUUGGUUUUAUUGAUAUGUCGGAUGACUUUGAAAAUGGUCGUGAUCAGUGGAAAAACAUUGCCGCCAGGGGAUGGGGCAGUUUUCUCUAUAAUUAUGUUUGUAAGAAGCAUUUUCCUUAUAUAUAUAUUUUUUAAUCUGGGUAUUAAAAACAUGGCCGCCAGGUUGGGUGGGGUAAUUUUCUAUAUAGGCCUAUUGUGAAUACUUUGGAACACCUUAUUUUUAAAGUCAGUCUUGUCAUACUAAUAACUUAAAAUAUUUGCUGAAGAGUUUUAAUCUUUGUUUCUUUCCAUCUAAGCCUCUCAGGUGAGCGACCCAGGGCCCUUUGGGUCCUCUUGUUUAAUUAAAUUUUUUACUGCAGAUGUCAGUCUAAAAGUUAUGCAUAUUGUUAUGAAUGACAUUUUUAUAAAUGUACCACAUAUUGUUUGGAAAGUUGUUUAUAUUUUUAUAUAUAUUUUAUAUUUUGAUAAUCGAUUGCAAAAAUUUUAUUUGUACAAAUUCAUAUGCUUUUUUAACAUAACUGUGCAUCAAUGAUUGUCAAAUUGUUUGUCUUAUUGUUAAUUUUACAUUGCAAAUUGUGAAUAUAUCUUGGAAUGAUUAUAUGAUGUUCCACAAAAACUUGUGCCAUGUAAUUCCCAUAAAUGUUUGUACAUAAAUGUAGUUUCUAGAUCCUUAUUAAAUGAAGUUUAGUUCCCCCCAAAAGUGUUUAAUGCAUGUUCCUUAAGAAAUGUAGAAUCAAGAAUACAUGUUACAUGUUACAUUUAUGCUAUCUUAUGCUUAAAAGAUGAACACAAUAUAAUAAGGAUUGCUAAGUUUUUGCAUAAGUCGCUUGUGAGAAGAAAAGAAAUUUUAAACAUACAUACUUGAAUAUAUUUUUGAAAUGCUCUAUCUAACUUUUUAAUCAUGCGUAUCAUUUCAGAAACUUUUUUUCUUUUUUUUUGGUUAAAUGUUCUAAAAUGUAUGAUUAUAUGAUUAUGUAUCACUCUGCCAUAUAUAUUUUGUAAAUGCUGUAUUUUGGGCCGGUGGCCUAUAUUACUUAAUGAACAUGUCUAUGUCUAUGUAUGUGCAUCAACUGUGAUCAAAAGUUUUUUAUUUGUAUGAAUUAUCCUAUUUUAAACAAUAAUGUAAAUACCUAUGAUUUUAUUGAAGGUGGUCCAAAAUAAAAAGAUGCAUGUUACUGUGAUAAUUAAUGUUAAAUCUGAGACUGCAAAUACUAUUAAAUGAGAUAAAUGUC